GUCGCAAGUGGAAGUCGGCCCAGACGUAAAGAAGCGAAGUCAGUUCGAGGAAGUGAACUGCGCCUUUCGACUGAACCAGGGGUCCGUCGGUCCCGACGGUAGCGACAGUCGCGAAGAUCGUGACUCCUGGUCGAUGAGGCCCUAUAUCUAGGUCGCGCAGAGUGGCAGUGAGCAGCAAUCUUGAGUCGGUCUCUUCAUCGCCUCAACAGCCACCCUUUACCUUGACGUUGCACGAGUCUCGCAUACCAUGGGCGACACGCACUACUGGACCAUCAAGAACGGCGAAAAGUGGUCGAGCGUCUGGGACGACGUCGUCGGCGACAUCCACCGCAUCGUCGACUACGUCCAGGCGCACCCCGAGAGCAUGGGGUUCCGCAAGGGCCGAACGAAGCCCUGCGUCGACGUCCGCUUCAAGGAUCGCUACGUCGUGAUCAACGAUGCAGUCGAGGAGGCGGAGAACGUGAUUUUGCAGCGCAACGGGAGGGGGUUCGACUGUUGCAAGUCUGUCUACCAUUCGUUCGACAUCGUGUUGCAGGCUGUGCUGUUGCGCAUGCACCACUAUAUGGGCGACGAGGUACUGGAUAUUUCGAGCGAUGUGGAAUGGGACGAGUGGGAGCGCGGUGUAGGACUGGUGAAGAAGGUCUUUGAAGUUGAGGAAGUUCAAAAGCCGAAGAAUAUUGAGGACUAGCGGGGACAGAGGGAAGUUCAUUCGUAGCUCAUUCAAUCUGGAAAUGGCAUAAUCCGCGAGUGAGCGAGAGUAUGGACUGGAGAGUGACU